AUGGAAUGUUGCGUUUAAAGGAUUUCGUCACGAAGAAGAUCUUGAUCUUAUUCAUAUACUUCCUCUCAGUGGAAGGGUGUACAAUCCAGGCACUGAUACAUCGAAAUGGUAUGCCUACGACUUCCAUUACUUGAACCAAGGUCCAUACAACACAUCAACAGACUUAAUGAAUGCAUACAUGUCCAACAAUAUCAGAAAGGUCAAGUUGGAAGCCGGAUUUAGGAACACCCUAUGGGAUCGUGUCUUUCCGAAAAGGGACAGCAGCCUUCCACUACGCGACAAUGCCGAUAUACAUGGACCACGUACGUAUUAUCCAGCUGGGCCUAGGUAUACAAUAGAAGGCACGCACGUGAAAUGGAUGGGGUGGAGUUUUGAUAUUAGCGGGAGCCAAAUUCGAGGACCGGCUUUGUUCAAUAUCAACUUUAAGGACGAGAGAAUUAUAUAUGAGUUGGCUGUAAAUGAUAUCGCCUUAAACUACGCCAUGGAUUCACAUGCUCAAAAUAAUAUUAUUUAUGCAGAUGCUACAUAUGGUAUAAUGGGCGGGGAUUCGCCAACAACGAUAAUGCCCGGUGUAGACUGUCCGGAACAUGCGACAAUACUUAACACAACAUUUUGGUGGCAUACAACACAGACAGCGUAUGAUAUGCGUUCAAUUUGUAUAUUUGAAGCAGACGGACAGGAUGCUUUAUGGAGACAUGCCGGGCAUAACUUUGAGGCGGGAUUGAGAAAUAGGCAUCUUAUAGUCAGGUCACCUGUAGUCAUAGGUAACUAUGACUACACAUUCGAAUUCCAUUUCUACCUUGACGGCAAAGUGUAUACCCACGCCAAGGCCAGCGGUUAUAUACAAUCCAGCUUCUGGGACGAGGGUAACCCGCACUCCCCCGAUAACACCAGAGAUGCAUUCGGUUAUAGGAUAGGUGAAUACAUGACAGGUCCCAUCCAUGAUCACAUGUUUGGCUUUAAAGUAGAUUUUGAUCUUGUUGACAAGAAUAAUUCGUUCCAAAUCGUAAAGUGGAAAGCUGGGCCAGUUCUUGAAGCGCUCAAAACUCAAAAACAUGAUAUCACAAAAGCUCCAGAAUAUUUCAUUUACAACGAAACACGUUAUAUUGAGUGGGAAAGGAUUGAAAAAGAAAUGGGAAUACAGGAUCCGAGUGAACAGCAAUUUUGGUUGGUUAUCAAUGAACGAGAAAAGAACAAAUGGGGUGUUGAAAGAGGGUACCAAAUAGCACCAUUAGCUACAGGCGACCAGGCAUUAAAGACUCAUCCACUAUUAAACGCACUUUCUUUCACGAAAUUUCACUGUGCUGUGACGAAGCGCAAAGAAGAGGAGUCAACGUUGACGUCAAUUUAUGACGUCAAUAGAAUGGAGCAUGCGCAAGAAUAUUUGGCAAAGCACAUCGACGGAGAAAGCAUCGUUGACGAUGACAUUGUUAACUGGGUUACAGUCGGAUUUCUCCAUGUCCCUACUACAGAAGAUAUGCCGAUGACAGUGAAAGUUGAAACUGGUUUUAUGUUAAGGCCGUUUAAUUUUUUUGACAGGACCGCUUCCUUUGAUAUGCCGGAACAUGCUGAGACAAAGGAUGGGAUAAUAAGAGAGUCCGAACCUUCAUAUGAACAAUGUUCCGAGCCCAAAAAAGAAUAUUGUCGUUUUUGUUAAUUGUCAACUCUAAGUCAUGUUUCUUUUAAUCCUAUACGAAGAUGGUCGACAGUUUUAACUGAUACUUGUUAUUCAUAGUGAGUAAUACAAAUAAAGUUAUAACAUACAGGUACAUUUAUAAAUAUAUGUAUAUGUAUAAAUUCUGCUACAAAACAUCAACAUCUCAGUUAUUUGAAUAUUUUUAUUAAGCCCAAUAUUUAGUGGUAAAAAUCUUAAUAUACUAUUAAAUUGAAUAUAUG